GGGCACCACAAAAAGACCAGCUCACCAUUCCCCUCUUGUCUUGGUCAGCUCACUUGUCUUGUGCACCGACGCCGGGAGGAGAGGAGAGGCGGGGGAAAGAGAGCCCGCCAAAAAUAGGCACAGGCAGCCGCCGGUCCCGCCGCGACCGAUGGGCGUCAAACAGGCCCUCCUCCACGCCCACGCCCGGCACCACGACGAGGACGACGAUGACGACGACGGCAGCAGCAACGGCAGCGGCGGGCGCGAGGGGGCGGAGGCGGUGCUGGAGGUGGACCAGUCGCCCUCGCCGCCGCCCAUGUCGUCCUGCGGACGAUACAUCCUGCACCGCGUCUGCAGGUUCGACACCCUCGCCGGCGUCGCCAUCAAGUACGGCGUCGAGGUGGCGGACGUGAAGCGCGUCAACGGCCUCACCACCGACCUCCAGAUGUUCGCGCACAAGACGCUGCGGAUUCCGCUCCCCGGGAGGCACCCGCCCGCCGCCGCUCCUCCCUCCUUGUCCUCAAGCGACACCGAUCGCACCAGUGGACCUCUUACUUCAUGCUUUAUGGGCAGUAACAAUAUAAUUCCUUUCAGAGAAUGGACUACACGUCGCCCUCCCAAAAAUGCUGCUUCCUUGGAUCCAUUUCUUAAACCGCCGCGGAGAGCAGUUUCGCCGUCCAUGAGCCUCUUGCAGGGAUACUAUGGCCUCACACCACCUCCAAAGGGGAACCCGACUAAUGAAGGCACCGAAAUGGCAACGUAUACUAAAGGUCAUCAUAGGAAAGCUAGAAGCUUAUCGAGUGGCUUUUCUCUUAUAAAUGGAGAUGUCAAUAGGGAGAUUGACGAUGCUGAAAAGACAAUAAGGCGGCGCCAGAAAGCCGACGGUGAGUUGACAACAAGGGAGGACAGUGGCGGUAGCCUGUUGGCAAGGGCCGGGCAACGCUUAGCCCUGAGGCCAAAGUCGGGCAGUCGAUCAAAUAUGAACAAUAGCCAGCAAGAUCUUCUGGCGAUAUGGAUGCCUUCAUACGAGGAUGGAUUGCAUACUGUCAAGAAAUCAUCGAGCAGCCCGGAAUUCCAAGAUUCAGACAGCAUCAGCAUUGCUUCGGUAUGGUUGAAGAGCAAGUGGAGCUUGAAGCCGGAUGCUUUCACCCUCCCCCUCCCUAUGCCGCUUUUCGACAGCAUCCCGAAGCCUCUUUUCGACAGCAUUCCGAAUCCAUUUGCUGCUUCGAGAAACAAGGCGGCCAAAGAUUGUUAAGGCUCGUAGCUUGGUUACUGCGUGCCUUAUAUUUAUUGGUUGUUUCUGGUGAUCUUAGUCGAGGCGGUGCAGCAAGGGUCAGGAGGAGUUGCUUUAUACCUCCCCAGUCCCCAGCCAAAGGACAAUGGAAACUUACAAAGAUGGAUACAGUGAUACACUACUUCUACAUACAUACUGUACUAAAUCUGCUGCGCCAAAGCGGCAGCACUUGUCUUCCUUGUUAUAAACUAUAGUUGGGGCUUAUUUGUUUUGAGCCUUUGAGAGGUAUUAUUUUGUGCACAUACUCCAGGAAUGAAGGUAAACGACAAGCAGCAUGUGUGUUGUUCCCAUGCACUAAUAAAGAAAUGGCUUUAUUUGUUUA